GUGUAUCCAAGAGGACUAGUACAUGGAAAUCAACCUUUGAAGCUCUCCUUUUUCGAUCAUGUUUUAGAGGUGCAACACUCCCAUGCUAUAAAACAAACAAAAAAGAUAGAGGGUGUUGGGAAUAAUGUAUGCAGCAAAUCAUUGGGGAGGAUCAUUGGAAAUAGCAAAUGAAAAUGAUAAUGAAGAUCAAAACAGUAGAAGGGACAUGGAUAGGGCAUCAUUAUACAACACUCAAAGUCAACAAAGUGGACCCCUGUUAGAUCAAACUCAACAAAGUUGGCUUUUGGACCCAAAUGAUGCUUCAAGAAAGAAAAGCAAGACAAGGUAUGUCGAUUUAGGGUGCAUCGUUGUGAAACGAAAAGUAUUGAAAUGGACGUUGAUCGCGUUCUUUGUUGCUUUUCUGGUGAUCGGGCUUCCGAUCAUAAUUGCAAAUUCGAUUCCAAAGCAUAAAUCCAAGCCCCCGCCACCGGAUCAAUACACUCAAGCAUUGCACAAGGCGCUUUUGUUCUUCAACGCCCAAAAAUCUGGGAAGUUACCAAAGAACAAUGGGAUUAAAUGGAGAGGGGAUUCAGGGCUUCAAGAUGGAGCCGACGCUACGGAUGUCAAAGGAGGAUUGGUAGGAGGAUAUUACGACGCUGGUGACAAUUCCAAGUUCAAUUUCCCAAUGUCAUUUGCGAUGACAAUGUUGAGUUGGAGCGUAAUUGAGUACGAACACAAGUACAAGUCCAUCAAAGAGUAUGAUCAUACCCGAGAACUUAUCAGGUGGGGAACAGAUUACUUGCUUCGGACCUUCAACUCCUCGGCUACCAAAAUUGACCACAUUUACGGCCAGGUAGGAGGCUCUCAAAAUGCUUCAACAACGCCGGAUGAUCACAAUUGCUGGGAAAGACCCGAAGACAUGGACUACAAGCGGCCAACACAAAUGAUCACAUCAGGAGCUGAUCUUGCAGGAGAAAUGACAGCUGCUUUGGCAGCAGCAUCUAUUGUCUUUAGAGACGAUACUGCAUACUCCAAGAAGCUGGUGCAAGGUGCCUCUACAGUAUGGAAAUUCGCAAGAGAUGGAGGCAAACGCACCCGCUAUUCUAAAAACAACCUUUGGAUAGAACCAUACUAUAACUCCACAGGGUACUAUGAUGAAUACAUAUGGGGUAGUGCCUGGAUGUAUUAUGCAACGGGUAACGCCAGUUACCUAUGGUUAGCAACGAACGAAGGACUUCCAAGACAUGCUAAAGCGUUAACCGAUAACCCAAGCCAACGGGUUCUAAGUUGGGAUAACAAGUCCCCUGCUGCAAUGCUCUUGCUAACAAGGCUUCGCUUGUUUUUAAACCCCGGAUACCCUUACGAAGGCUUGCUACGCAGCUAUCACAACGCCACCUCGCUAACCAUGUGUUCAUACCUUCAGCAAUAUCAAGUCUUUAACUGGACUAAAGGAGGGCUAAUCGAACUUAGUCGAGGACAACCACAAAAUUUACAAUAUGUCGUCAAUGCUGUAUUUUUAUCUUCACUUUACGCGGAUUAUUUGGAAGCUGCUAACCUUCCGGGUUGGUACUGUGGCACAACAUUUUUUCGCUUGAAGACACUUAGAGACUUUGCCACUUCUCAGAUGGACUACAUUUUGGGCAAAAACCCUAUGAACAUGAGCUAUGUGGUCGGACAUGGCAAGAAAUACCCAACACACGUACACCAUCGAGGCGCAUCAAUACCAAACAACAAUGUCAAAUAUUCGUGCAAAGGUGGGUUCAAAUGGCUGUCUUCAGGUAAACCUAACCCGAACAUCAUCACAGGGGCCAUGGUUGCAGGACCAGAUAGAUUCGACAAGUAUAGAGAUGUACGUGCCAAUUAUAGCUAUACGGAACCCACAUUGGCUGGAAAUGCGGGUUUGGUUGCUGCACUUGUGUCACUCACCGCAACGGCUGGUGAUGGUGUGGAGAAGAACUCUAUAUUUUCAGGAAUUCCACCGUUGUUUCCCAUGCCACCACCACCUCCACCACCAUGGAAACCAUGAAAAGCUACCUAUUUAAUUUGUAAUUAAUAUAAGAACAGUAUUUUCAGUAAUAAUUGAUGAUUAAUUUCUUGUUUAUGUUUUGUAUGUUUGAUAUAUCCUUAAUUAAAUACAUAAUAGUUUCGAUCGAGUUUACUACA